GACGAAAUACUACCCGGAAAAGAGCCGUGGUGUGGUUUAGACAACAGAGCGAGAGAGAUAGGAGGUUCACUGGAUAAAAUGUUGUAAGGGAUAUUGAACGUCAUAACAUCAGUAUAUUGUCCGUUAUUCGUUUAUCAGGAUGUCGGCGUCUGCUAUAUUUAUUCUGGAUCUUAAAGGCAAGGUGUUGAUAAGUCGUAACUACAUGGGAAACAUGGACAUGAAUGAGAUCGACCAUUUCAUGCCUAUAAUGAUGAGGAUGGAGGAGGACGCAGACACGUCGCCCCUGGUGACCAGCGGCUCCUCACACUUCCUGUGGAUCAAACACAGCAACCUCUACCUGGUGGCAAUGACCAAGAAGAAUGCCAACGCUGCUCUGGUAUACUCCUUCCUCUACAAAAUAGUACAGGUGUUUAAGGAGUACUUUAAGGAGCUGGAGGAGGAGAGCAUCCGUGACAACUUUGUGAUUGUGUAUGAGCUGAUGGACGAGGUCAUGGACUUUGGCUUUCCCCAGACCACAGACAGCAAGAUCCUGCAAGAGUACAUCACCCAGCAGGGUCACAAACUGGAUGUGGGCGCCCCUCGCCCCCCCGCCACCGUCACCAAUGCAGUGUCCUGGAGGUCAGAGGGCAUCAAGUACAGGAAGAACGAGGUGUUCAUGGAUGUCAUCGAGUCCGUUAACCUGCUGGUAAGUGCGACCGGCAGUGUCCUGCGAAGUGAGAUCAUGGGCAGCAUCAAGCUCAAAGUGGUUCUGUCUGGAAUGCCAGAGCUCAGACUGGGCCUCAACGACAAAGUGCUCUUCGAGAUCACAGGAAGAGAGAAGAGUAAGACGGUAGAGCUGGAAGACGUCCAGUUCCAUCAGUGUGUCCGUCUGUCUCGCUUCGAGAACGAUCGAACCAUCUCCUUCAUCCCCCCGGACGGAGAGAGUGAGCUCAUGUCCUACCGCCUCAACACCACGGUGAAGCCUCUUAUAUGGAUCGAGAGUGUGAUUGAGAAGUUCUCCCACAGCCGAGUUGAGAUCAAGGUUAAGGCCAAGAGUCAGUUUAAGAGCCGCUCCACCGCCAACAACGUAGCCAUCAUGGUACCCGUGCCCAGCGACGCCGACUCGCCUAAAUUCAAGACGAGCACAGGCAGCUGCAAGUAUCUUCCCGAGAAGAGCGUGGUGCAGUGGAACAUCAAGUCCUUCCCUGGAGGCAAGGAGUACAUGAUGAGGGCUCACUUUGGGCUGCCUAGUGUGGAGAGUGAUGAGUUGGAGGGGAAGAGGCCCAUCACUGUCAACUUUGAGAUCCCCUAUUUCACUGUAUCUGGUAUCCAGGUACGCUAUCUUAAGAUCAUUGAGAAGAGUGGCUAUCAGGCGUUACCGUGGGUACGCUACAUAACACAGAGUGGAGAUUACCAACUUCGGACAAACUAAGGGCAAGCCUGCUGCCAAACGAAUGGAUCUUCACUCCCUCCCCCUCUCUCUGGCUCCCUGGGAGUGAGGGACAGCAGAGGACAAGGAAAGGGUAACAAUUUUCACCACUCUCCAAAAGGACCAGGCAGCCAUCAUGCCCCUGAUCUGCAGACAUUGAGUACCGUAAAGACUGUGACGAUCUCAAUUGCAUACUCCUCUCAUCCUCUUUGUCAUUUCCUCAAACCCCAUUGGAUGAGGAAGCCAGAGGUCCCACCCCUCUGACCAUCUCCUCCAAUGGGUUUUGAGAAGGAGACGAGGAGAGACGACGCGAGCAGUAGGCAAUUGAGACCUUCCCAUAGUUUCCCUUCAGAACUCGACUGAUGUGUCACCCAUGGCAAAAGUUUUACAGCAUCUGGAGACAUGUUUUCUCAGUUUAUAGAGUAAUGAAUGUAGGGGUUUUUCCCUAUUGGUCGUGUUGUAAAAAUUGUAUAGUUUGUUUAUUCUCAAGGCACAGUGUGUUUAAUUUACCGGAAGAAUUCAGGGUGUGAGACAUGGUUGAAAGUCUGUGAACAUUGAAACGUGGCUUUUACACAGCACUGAUAAACUUGUAUCUGGUGGGUGUGGUUGUCAGUUGAUGUUAUCGUGGGGUCAGUUCUGUAACAGCAUUCAGUCUCAUGAAAUGAACACCGAGCUGGUCAGAUCACCAAUUACUAAGUAAUACAAAAUAAACAAUAUUGUCAUCCAUUGGCAUCUUUGUAUUUGCACUCAGCUUACAACUAACUAUAUGGAAAAGACUGAAGGAAUUAUUUUUAUUUUUGCUUUACUGUCAAGGAAGUAGUUUAUCUACCUGGCGGGAACAGAUCACUUGAGGAAAAUACAUGAAAGAAAGAAAUAACCCUCCAGAAAUACAGGUGGACCAGUAUGAACAAGACCUUGCCUGGCUAUUGUAUGCCAAAAUGUGUUAAAAUUAAUGUUUUUAUAUUUUAUUUAUUUUUCUCCAUAAAAAUAAAAAAAACACCCAACUUUUCCAAAGCAGGUGUUGUUUGGUAUAGUUACUGUAGUCUGUUGGGCACCAACCCCUCAUAUCAACCUUGGGUCUCUGCCAGAGGAAUAGAGUUGAAAGGUUCAGCCCAGACUAGACGCUACAGUCAAUUUGUUAUGUGCAUGAGUUUGCAGUGUGUAGGCCUACUGUAUGAAAUCCCAUAUUACACUUUCCUUGUAAAAUAGUUGUUUGAGGAACAGAACAAAUAUGACGAUUUUCUUUCAGAUAUUCUCUCCAGUGGGGUUUUAAUGAUUAGUACAUGUGUUUUUCAAUCUCUCAAUAUCUUAUUUAUUAGCCAUAUGUAAGUCAAUAGGAGGCAAAAGGACCUAUGUAUAAAUAAAUAAAUAAAUGUCUUUGUACUUUUUCUUCUAGUUA